UCAUGACUACUCAAAAAAUUUUUGGACGGCUUUGUUUUGCUUAGCAGUCUCAUUCACUUUCGGAAAUCAUUUUCUUAAAUAAUACCAUAGUUUUCAUUUAAAUUUAAGUGUAAAAAAUGACUACUUUGGAAGAUAAAUCAUUAUGGGAAGAUGGGGAAGAGUCCCUAGGCGAAGAAGUCCUAAGAAUGUCCAGUGACGAGAUCAUCAGCAGGACGAGACUGUUGGACAACGAAAUUAAAAUUAUGAAAAGCGAGGUGAUGAGAAUUAACCACGAAUUGCAAGCCCAAAAUGAAAAAAUCAAAGAAAACACCGAAAAAAUUAAAGUGAAUAAAACCUUGCCGUAUUUGGUAUCCAAUGUGAUUGAACUUCUUGAUGUAGAUCCUCAGGAAGAGGAGGAAGAUGGGGCUGUUGUAGAUUUGGAUUCGCAAAGGAAGGGAAAGUGUGCAGUAGUAAAAACUUCCACAAGACAAACUUACUUCUUGCCAGUCAUAGGGCUUGUAGAUGAAGAAAAACUAAAACCUGGAGACCUGGUGGGAGUAAACAAAGACUCUUAUCUAAUAUUAGAGACUCUCCCUGCAGAAUAUGAUGCCCGAGUAAAAGCCAUGGAGGUUGAUGAAAGACCCACAGAACAAUAUUCAGAUAUUGGAGGCUUAGAUAAACAAAUACAAGAACUUAUUGAGGCUGUUGUUCUUCCCAUGACCCAUAAGGAUAAAUUUGUCAACCUUGGAAUUCAACCUCCCAAAGGUGUCCUACUUUAUGGCCCUCCUGGAACUGGCAAAACUCUGCUGGCAAGGGCAUGUGCAGCACAAACAAAAUCCACAUUUUUAAAAUUGGCUGGUCCACAACUUGUACAGAUGUUCAUUGGUGAUGGUGCUAAAUUAGUGAGGGACGCUUUUGCUUUGGCGAAAGAAAAGGCACCAGCUAUCAUUUUUAUUGAUGAAUUAGAUGCUAUUGGUACCAAGAGGUUUGACUCAGAAAAGGCUGGUGACAGGGAAGUACAAAGAACUAUGUUGGAACUUCUUAACCAACUGGAUGGCUUCAGUUCUACUGCAGAUAUUAAAGUUAUUGCAGCAACCAAUAGAGUAGACAUAUUAGAUCCCGCUCUAUUGCGAUCAGGGCGCUUGGAUCGUAAAAUUGAAUUCCCACAUCCCAACGAAGAAGCUAGGGCGAGAAUCAUGCAGAUUCACUCUAGAAAAAUGACAGUAAAUCCUGACGUGAACUUUGAGGAACUUGCUAGAAGUACUGACGAUUUUAAUGGUGCACAGUGCAAAGCGGUUUGCGUUGAGGCCGGUAUGAUAGCACUUAGAAGAAAUGCGACCGCAGUAAUCCAUGAAGACUAUAUGGACGCUAUAAUGGAAGUGCAGGCCAAGAAGAAGUCGAACCUUAACUACUAUGCUUAGAUUAAUUUAAAAUUUUAAUAUUUUUUCAUUUGAAUUGUGUCAAUCAUUUUGAACAUGUUAAGCGCAUUUUUUGUAAUAUAUAGAAUGAAAUAAAACUCUUUAUUUUAGA